UAAAUAGUAAAUACAAUUUUAAAUUCGACAAGUACAGAUCGUUUCGGCAUACAAAAUCAAAAUUUUCAAGUAUUUCUGAACCAAAGUAUCUACAAAGAGAAUAAAAAUAAUUUAAAGAAGCCCUCCCAAAAAAAAGAAUAGUAAAAAUGCCUAUUUGUUGUCCACCACCUUCAAAAGGCGGGCGCGAUCCUUGUGUUCCCCCAUGUUAUAACCCAUGUUGUCCUCCGCCAGCUAAAAAACGUGUUUGCCCAGAAUGUCCUAUAUUUACCCCUGGACCGGUAAAGUAUAUGUGCACAUUACCACCACCGGCUUACUCGGCGAAAUUAGUAACACCCCCAACAUAUUGCCCCCCAAUGUGUUGCCCUGUCCCCGUUUGUCCACCCGUGGAGACACCGGUCGCUGUGGCAAAUUUGAUUUGCCCCUUAGUCCCACAACCGAUGGAAAAGGUUAUCAUACAAGUAGCUCAACCGGUAAUGCCUUUGAACCCUUGUCCGUGGACACCCCGUCCAGAACCGCCACCUAAAGAUGGUCCGCCACCUUGCAGACAUAAGCCAUGUGAAUGUACUCCGUGUAUGUAGUCAAAUUAGUUUUUGAACUAAUUUUUGUGAAUAGUAAUGGCGGAGGUAUAUCGUACGAAGUUAUUAAUAGUGUAAAAAAUAUUCUAAAAAUUAUGUAGCUAAUGUAAUUCUAUGUAAUGACGAUGUAAUAAUAAAAAAGUCUCCCUUGAAUUCAAA